AACUUCCCUCAAUCCAUCAUCUCCUAAUCAUGCUGGAAUCAUCUGCCUACUACAACAACUCCAAAAAAUCCGAUAACAUCUGCAAUCGGGCAUCAAGAACCAUUGUUCGUCUCCGAUGCAACGCCAAGACUCUGCUCAUCCUCUUCCUCAUCCUCCCCGUCCUCCUCUUCGCCGUCUUCCUCCAUGGCCACAAGGUCACCGCCUUCCUCCGCCCUCUCUGGAAAUCUCCACCCAAACCCUUCAACCGAAUCCCUCACUACCACCACCCCAACGUCUCCAUGGCCAAGCUCUGCGGCCUCCAUGGCUGGCGCGUCCGAGACACUCCUCGCCGCGUUUUCGACGCCGUCCUCUUCAACAACGAGCUUGACAUCCUCUCCAUCCGCUGGAACGAGCUCCAUCCCUAUGUUUCCGAGUUCGUCCUUCUCGAAUCCAACUCCACCUUCACCGGCAUUGUCAAACCCUUGUUCUUCGCCCAGAACCGCGCGCGGUUUGCCUUUGCCGAGAGUCGCCUCACCUACGGCACUGUCCCUGGCCGCUUCAUCAAAGGGGAGAACCCCUUUGUUGAGGAGUCUUACCAAAGAGUUGCUUUGGAUCAGCUCAUCCGUCUCGCCGGCAUCUCCGAUGAUGAUCUUCUUAUCAUGUCUGACACCGAUGAGAUUCCUAGCGCUCAUACUAUUAAUCUUCUCCGGUGGUGUGAUGACAUUCCGGAGAAACUCCAUCUUCAGCUCCGGAAUUAUUUGUACUCUUUUGAGUUCCAUCUUGAUGAUCGGAGCUGGAGGGGUUCUGUUCAUCGGUAUAGAGCUGGGAAGACUAGGUAUGCGCAUUAUCGUCAAGGUGAUGAUCUUUUGGCUGAUGCUGGUUGGCAUUGUAGCUUUUGCUUUAGAUAUAUCAAUGAUUUUGUGUUCAAGAUGAAGGCUUAUAGUCAUGCUGAUAGAGUGAGGUUUCAGUACUUCUUGAAUCCAAAGAGGAUUCAGGAUAAGAUAUGUCAGGGUGAGGAUUUGUUUGAUAUGUUGCCUGAGGAGUAUACUUUCAAGGAGCUUAUUGGGAAAUUGGGGUCGAUUCCGCAUUCUUACUCUGCUAUUGAUCUUCCGGGGCAUUUAGUUCAGAAUGUUGAAGAGUUUAAGUAUCUUCUGCCCGGGAAUUGUAUACGGGAGAGUGGCUGAUUUGAAGGAUUGUUAUUUGGGGGGAAUUUAUUGGCCUAUGGAGUUACCUCCUUCGAGGCAUUGAAACUUUGCGGUAUGUCUCUCUACACUUGUUAUUGUUGAUGAACAUGAGAUGUUUGGAAGUUCUCACGUUUGGGGAUUUGUUCGUAUCCCGAUGACUUGCACUGAUUUUCCUAUCGACUUCAUUUACCGGCUGACUUGUGUAAACUCUUGAUUAGAUGAUGCUGUUGCAUCUUAUUGACAUUUAAUUUAUCCUUAUAGUGACAAUAAGCAUUUUUAAUAUUAAUAGAGCUUUAUGUAUGUUUUGAGAUAUUUCUAAUGAACUUAGCAUUUGACCAUGUUGGUUGUCCUUGCAACAAUUAGCUGUUGUAUUCUUUUCAUAUUGAUGUGUAUACAUUGUGGUUGUGAGAAGCAUGUGAGCCUAUAUGGGAAGGAAGACAUUGGACUUGUGUA